AAGCAUCUGCGAGGACGAUGGUGGUCUACCGCAUCCGCGUCUCCACCGGCGGCUCCCUGUACGCUGGCUCCAACAACCCGGUGCGGCUCUGGCUGAUAGGUCAGCAUGGCGAGUCUGCGCUCAGGGUGCAGCUGAGACCCUCCCGGGCCAAGGAGGAUGAGUUCAAGGUGGAUGUGUCAGAGUACCUUGGGCCACUGCUGUUUGUGAAACUGCAAAAAUGGCACCUUAUGCAGGAUGAUGCCUGGUUCUGCAACUGGAUCUCUGUGCAGGGCCCUGGGGACCGAGGGGCGGAGUACAGGUUUCCCUGUUACCGCUGGCUGGAAGGCAGAGGCACCCUGACCCUUCCAGAGGGCACUGCCCGCACUGUGGUUGAGGACACUCAGGGCCUGUUCAAGAAGCAAAGAGAAGAAGAGCUGAAGGAGAGAGAGAAGAUGUACAGGUGGGGUAACUGGAAGGAUGGCUUGAUCCUGAAUGUGGCUGGGAAACGUUUAUCUGACCUCCCUGCUGAUGAGCGAUUUCUGGAGGACAAGCUCAUGGACUUCGAAACUUCCCUGGCUGUGGGAAUCACAGGCUUUGUUGUGAAACUACCCAUUAAUGCUGUGACUCACUGGAAUGAUCCUGAUGACUUCAACUGUGUCUUCAAGAGUAGCUAUGGCAAGCUGGCUGGACAAGUUCGAGAUUCCUGGAAGGAGGACACAUUCUUUGGGUACCAGUUUCUCAAUGGCGCCAACCCCAUGGUGCUGAGACGCUGUGUCUGCCUUCCUGCUCGCCUCGUGCUCCCUCCCGGGAUGGAGGACCUGCAGACCCAGCUGGAGAAGGAGCUCCAGGGCAGGACACUGUUUGAAGCUGACUUCUCCCUGCUGGAUGGGAUCAAGGCCAAUGUCAUCCAUUUUAGGCAGCAGUACCUGGCUGCCCCUCUGGUCCUGUUGAAACUGCAGCCCGAUGGGCAACUCUUCCCUAUGGCCAUCCAGCUUGAACUGCCCAAAAUUGGAUCCAGCCCACCCCCAAUUUUCCUGCCCACGGAUCCCCCAACCGUGUGGCUCCUGGCCAAAUGCUGGGUGCGCAGCUCUGACUUGCAGCUGCAGGAGCUGCAGUCACAUCUUCUGAGGGGUCACUUGAUGGCUGAGGUCUUUGCUGUAGCCACCAUGCGGUGUCUUCCGAUGAUACAUCCUGUUUACAAGCUUCUGCUUCCUCACCUGCGAUACACCAUGGAAAUCAACCUCCGGGCCAGAAAGGGCUUAGUCUCUGACUCUGGAGUAUUUGACAUGCUGGCAAGCACAGGUGGGGGUGGCCACUUGGAUAUACUCAGGAGAGCUGGAGCCCUUGUGACCUACAGCUCCUUCUGCCCCCCUGAUGACCUGAAAGAGCGGGGGCUCCUGGACGUCAAGUCGUCCUACUAUGCUCAGGAUGCUCUGCGGCUGUGGGAAGUCAUCUACAGGUAUGUGGAGGGGAUUCUGGAUCUCUAUUAUAAGACGGAUAAGGCUGUGAGAGAGGACCACGAACUGCAGCACUGGUGUCGAGAGAUCACCGAAACUGGCCUGCGUGGUGCCCAGGACCGAGGCUUUCCCACCUCUCUGGAGACUCGAGCCCAGGCUUGCCGGUUUGUCACCAUGUGCAUCUUCACCUGCACUGGCCAGCACUCUUCCAUCCACCUGGGCCAGCUGGAUUGGCUUUCCUGGGUCCCUAAUGCCCCCUGCACCAUGCGGCUGCCCCCACCAACCACCAAGGAUGCCACCAUGGAGACACUGAUGGAUACACUGCCCAAUCCCUAUGUGGCUGGUCUCCAGAUGACCCUCAUUUGGCACCUGGGCAGACCCCAGCGUGUUAUGGUGCCCCUGGGCCAGCACCGUGAGGAGUACUUUUCAAGCCUGGAAGCGAAGGCUGUGCUGAAGAAGUUCAGGGAUGAGCUGGCUGAGCUGGAUAAGGAAAUCGAGGCACGAAAUGAGAGCCUGGACAUACCCUACGAAUACCUGAGGCCCAGCCUGGUGGAAAACAGUGUGACCAUCUGAGUGUCUCUGGCUUGUGGUUGUUUCUGUGCUUUCC